AUGAAGCGAUUCAGCCAGAGACUCUCGCGAGGCAAAGAUGCCGCAAAGUCCUCCAAGAAGAGUAAGGAUUCCAAGGAUGGGACUUCGUCUCCCUCGUCUCGAGAUGCCAACCAGUCUCCGGUCCUGACCCCGUCGUCUUCGACAUCGACCCUCAACGACCCUCGCAACAAGCCGCUGCCCCCAAACUCUGCUCUUGGAGGUGAUCAUGGUGCCAACCACGCGGGCAGCCCCAACGGCGCCAACGCGGGUGGUAGAGGUCCCCCAACUGUCGUCAUCAGUCCGACUCCAGGCCACAUUCCUCCCCCUGGGGCCACCGAAACAAUGCCUCACGAACUGGCGCCCCCAAAGGCCGGCCAAAAGUCGCUGAUGAUCAAUCGUAUGGAUAACCGAGAUGCUAUCCCAGAGGGCCUGCGGACGCCAAAGCGACAGCACUCAUCUCGAUUCGAUAUUUCUGCCCAUCGCGAGCUGGAGAAGCUCCCGGGCUUCCACGAGGUACCGCCUAACAGGCGCCAGGAGCUCUUCAUGCAAAAGAUUGAUCAGUGCAAUGUCAUCUUUGACUUUAACGACGCUAGCGGUGACAUGAAGGCCAAGGAGAUCAAGCGGCUGGCUCUCCACGAGCUGCUGGACUACGUUGCCAACAACAGACAGGUCAUCACUGAGCCUAUGUAUCCCAGAGUUGUCGAGAUGUUCAGCAAGAAUCUGUUUCGACCAAUCCCGCCGCCAUUGAACCCCCAAGGCGAGGCAUUCGAUCCGGAGGAGGAUGAGCCCGUCUUGGAGGUCGCUUGGCCGCACAUCCAGGUUGUCUACGAGUUUUUCCUGCGCUUCAUCGAAAGCCAGGACUUUAACACCAACAUUGCCAAGGCAUACAUUGAUCACAGCUUCGUGCUUCAGUUGCUAGAUCUCUUUGACUCUGAGGAUCCCCGCGAGCGAGAUUUCCUCAAGACGACUCUCCACCGCAUUUACGGCAAGUUCCUCAAUCUACGAUCAUUUAUCCGGCGAUCCAUCAACAACGUCUUCUUCCAAUUCACAUAUGAAACGGAGAGGUUCAAUGGCAUUGCCGAGCUUCUAGAAAUACUAGGCUCCAUUAUCAACGGUUUUGCCUUGCCUUUGAAGGAAGAACAUAAGAUCUUCUUGACCCGAGUCUUGCUUCCCCUCCACAAGCCCAAGAGCCUGAGCAUGUACCACCCUCAACUCGCUUAUUGUAUUGUCCAGUUCCUGGAAAAAGAUGCAUCCCUCACAGAAGAUGUUGUCCUUGGGUUGUUGCGAUACUGGCCAAAGGUCAACAGUACAAAGGAGGUCAUGUUCUUGAAUGAGGUUGAAGACAUUUUUGAGGUCAUGGAUCCCGCGGAAUUCGCCAAAGUCCAGGAGCCUUUGUUCCACCAGCUUGCCAAGUCUGUGGCGAGCCCCCAUUUCCAGGUCGCCGAGCGUGCGUUGUACUUCUGGAACAACGAAUACUUCUGCAAUCUCGUAAGCGAUAACGUGGAAAUUAUUCUCCCCAUCAUGUUCGCCCCUCUCUACGAAAACUCAAAGGGCCAUUGGAACAGGACAAUCCACGGCAUGGUUUACAACGCUAUGAAAUUGUUCAUGGAGAUCAAUCCUCAGCUCUUUGAUGAUUGCUCUCAUGAAUACACAGAGCAGCAGAACAGCGCCGCAGCCCGAGAAGCACUGCGAGAGCGAAAAUGGGCUGCUCUAUCCCAGCAAGCUGACGAGCGAAGAGCUUCACUGGGACUGGCCACGGUUGAGGACCCCGGCAGGGCUCGCGGAGGAAGCCUCCCACGGGUUGACGAAGUUGACACUGCUGAGGAUAACCAGAAGCGCCUCGAUUCGCUAAAGCUUCAAGAUGCUACGGGACGACAGCAACAUGAGCGACAAGGUUCCGUAGGGUCCAACCGAAGCAGAUAGCCUCGUUGUGUGAUACACAGGUCCUUUUAUCAUUGCGGUUUAGCCUUUGUUUCGCCUUUCUCGAUUCAGUCAGUCCAGGAUCUUCCAUUCUCGCCUCUUUCUCUAUUCUUAGUGAAAAUUUGCCUCGACAAAGAAGCCCCUUUAUUACAAGGGCCCUUAGAAAGUACUAAUAUUGCGGUUCUGGGACUAUCAACUUGUGCUUCACAUACAGGGAGGCACUUUUGGAUGGCGGAUCAACGUCAAAGCUGGUUACUAAAGGGGACUGCCUAAUGUUACACAAAAAGGAGCUGUUACUCACAGUAAUGUUGACGAUUCUUCUCUUUUCUUCUCUUUUUUCUUCUUCAUUUUCUCAUGGUCACUUGCAUUCACUUGCAGGCUUUUGCAAAAAAACACCGAUAUGGAGCAACAUUCGUGUACGGCAGGGGAUCGAUACAAUAAUAUUUGUUUUAUUACUCUUUCUCUCUCUCUUUUAAAAGAGAGAGAGAGACAUCUCAAAAGACCCGGAAAAGAGAAGAACUUCUACAACAUUACUACUUCUUUUUUUUUCUUUCAAAAUGGAAACAGACCAGAGGUGAGAUACAAAAAAAAAAAGGUUGCGUUUGGGCUAUAGAAAAUGCUAGGUGUGUUGUUGACAAAAGGGGAGAAACGAUGUGGAGGAGGGGAAAAAGGGAGGAGAAAGCAUACGCUAGCGAAACAGCGGUUGCAUUUGUUUCUUUCCAUUUUUUGGGAGGAAAGAAAAAGAGCAGCGGGAGAGAUUGUGUGUGUGAGAGAGAGACGGCUUUGGGACUUUGCGCUAUUUUUUCUUUGUUGCUUUCCUUCUCGACGUGAUGGAUUUGGUUGGCCGGGUGGCUGUUGUGGGAGAGGGAAGAAGGAAACAUACGUGUUUUUUCUUUUUUAUUUCUUGUGCGCGUGUGUACUUGAUUGUACUUGAUUGUACUUGACUCGGAUAGACUACUUGCCCUUUUAUCUCUUUUAUAGUUGAAUUCUUAUUUCUGUAAGGCUUUUCUUUUGUAAUAAGUGAUGUAUUGUUCUUCUGUGCAGCCGUGGAUGCGGCACCUUUACGGUAUGGAGAAACACUACCAGUUAUGUUAAUUUCAUUAGAUUUGGCUAUGUUAAUUUUAUUAGUUUCAAUCGGUAUAAAAGCUGAUUCUAGUGCUCAGUGGCCUAAUAGCCAAGAUUAUCCCACGGUUUCAACCAGCUGAUACUACCACAAGUCAUUACAAAAUUUUAAAAGCAACUCCAUUGCCAGGUCCCGGAACGCCCUGUAUCAUAAAGUAACAUCUCCAACAGACAUGGCUAUUGGGCACUAGUAUUGUCCUCUGUAGCCACCACGGCCAUAUCCGCCUCUUCCACGACCCCUAUAACCGCCAUUUCCGCGUCCGAACUGGUUGUUGUACAUAGACGACUGAGAUUGCUGCUGCUGCUGCGGUGGCGGUGGCGGCGGCGGAACAGGGCCGCCGGGGAAUUGGUUCAUGCUCAUGAAGUGAGCAAUCAUUUCAGGAGGGAUCGGGGGCGGUGGGAAUCCCGGCAGAGGGGGAGGCGGAAAUGGAAAUGCCAUGGCGUUGGGUGGUGGAGGGAAUGGCAUAGGCGGCAUAUUAGGCGGUGCCUGAGGCUGAAGCUGAGGCUGAGGAGAGCGAUCAUUGUACUGGCGUGAUAUUGACCGGUACCUGGAACCAGAUGCGUCGUUGCUGUCAUAUCUCCCACGACUUCGGCUUCGACUGCGGCUGCGACUGUGGCGGCCCCGGCUACGGCUGCCAUCUCGACGACGGCUUCGACUCCGGCUCCGGCUG